AUGCAGCAUUAAUCUAUAUAGAGAAAAGACUCUCUAGUUCCUUAAGGCACUUCGAUGUCUAUUUGUUCAUCUUUGUUAUUCAUGAUAGGACAAUCAUGGUACGAAUUGAAAAGGCGACCUUGUGGAUAUUGCGUAUCGUUUUUUAGCGUGUUGAUUGUGGUUGCUGCAAGUGCAGUGAGCUAAUCAAUAAUCGAUAGAGCUCCUCUUAUAUUUUUGAAAUCAGCAGAAGGUCCAGCUGGAUAAUCAGACAUAGCGUAUUCAGCAAUUUUAGAUUAGGUUGACUGCAAAUCCGAAUUAUUUAAGCGAAGAACACGACAAGUCUCCUCAAUAUUUAAUGUCAGUCUAUAGUAACACUGCUAGACAAUAAGGAUAUCUAGUAGUUGAUUUUCUAAACUUCACAAGAGUGAAAGAAGUGUUAGGACCAGAAAGGGCACAAUAAUCAAGUCCUAGAAUUGAGUAAUAAGUAAAUUUCACAUAUUUGCAAAAAACUGGGGAUUGUGAGAAUGUAUACACUGAUAUUUUAUCAUUAGUCGGUAAACAAAGCUCAACAAUUGUUAUCGAAAAGAUAAGAAUUUGGAAGCGAAGCUCAUUUCAACGAUUUAAGAGAUGGACAGUAAUUGGGGCAGAAAUGCGGAGGGUCAUAGCCACAUCCAACAGCAAAAUUUGUGGCAAUAGAUACUAAGAAAGAGAAGGAAAUUGGAUUGGGUUGGGAAUAUCCUUUUGAUGAACUGAAAGAAACAGAAGUGAUAAUGAGCAGGAAGUUAGCAGAAACUUAUCGUUUGAAUGUUGGAGAUUACAUGUUGAUCUAUGGAGAAUUCUAUGAUUUUUAUGGGGCAUAUUAUAUAGAGAACUACUUUGAUUAGUUAGGUAGGCAAUUCAAUUUGACUAAUUACAAUGAUACAUUUCUGAAUUAGGAGUUUGGUGAUUUGAAAAAGGCGACUUAAAGAUUUUACUUGUAUUAGGUGAAAGGAUUGCUGGAUUCAACAUAUGGGAAAUUUCCAGAUGGAGAUGCUGAUAAAUUGAUAAUUGUAGAACACAAACACUUCUUUAAUAAUCUUGCCUAUUGGUCGUGGGAUAAACCAUUUUUAAAGGCUAUGUAUACAGCUAAUCCUGAAGAUUAUGUGGAUGAAAUCAGAAUCAAUAUACCUAAUAGAUUCAAUAUAUACAUGGAUAGCAAUUACGAGAAUAUACAAGGAAGGAUAACUAAAUACGCCAGUAACAUAAGAAGAGAUUUGGGAGUCUAUCCUUGCAAUAUGGAUUUGCCAGUCUUAUAACAACUGUAUGAUACUAGAUUCGGUUAACUAUUUUUGGGUAUCAUACUGAAUAUGAUCAUUGUGAUAUUGUUUUUGUUGAGUGUAUUACUGUUAUAUACUUUGUUGUUGAUUUCAGUAGAGACAAAGACUUACGACUUGGGAGUCUUGAGAGUGUUAGGUUUUAAUAAGUUGGGUGUAGUAUUCAUAGUAUUGACUCAAGCAUUGAGUUAUGUCUUGCCAGCUAUAGUUGCUGGUAUCAUCCUUUCAAUCCCAUUCCUAUUAUAUGCGAGUAAUGCACUAAAAGCCUCGAUUGGGGUUGAGAUCGAAGCAACUCCGACAACUAAUGCAAUAUUCAUGUCACUCGGAUUGGGAUUGUUGAUUCCUUUAAUAAGUUCUUACGUCCCCAUAAAAGAGGCAUUAAGUAAGUAAUUGAGCUUUGCAUUGGAUAUCAACAGAUCAAAGUCAACUGCAGUUAAAAUAGAAGUGGAUCUAGAAGGCAAAUCUUUGCCUUGGGGCAGAAUCUAAUUUGCUGUCAUAGCUUCAUUGUUUGGAAUUUGUGUUUAUUACUUCCUACCUUUGGCCUUAUUGUCAUUCAACAUUGGAUUGCUGUUAUCUAUAUUCUUCUUCAUUUUAUGUGGUAUGUUGCUAGGAUUGGUUAUAUUCGCAUUCAAUGUUUAAUACCUUGCUGAAAGAUUCACAGUAUAUCUAUUCUUAUUUUGGGCAAGUUCAGCCAAGAAAACAAUGGUGUUGAAGAAUCUUGCUGCACAUAGGGUAAAAUUAAAUGUAAAUUAUUUAGAUCAAAAAUCGAAGAACAGCACUGAUGUAUGCCUUAUCCAUAGCUUUUGUGAUUUUCAUUUUUGUUGGGAUGAGUGUGCAGAUUGAAAAUUAAGCUACGUAGACUCUUUAAUAACAUGGCUGCAAACUUGAGAUAACUGCCUCCAAUGGAAAUCUGUCCCCUUUUGAAUUCGAAAAAAUACUAUUGGAUUUAGGAAGCAACAUCUCUGGCUUUGCUUGGAUUACUGAACCUUUGGAUAGUUACAUGUAAAGACUCGGGUUUUCAACAACAUAUAUGACCCAUUUAGGCUAAGUUUAUCAACUCAGACCUAAGAUCGUGGGUGUCUCACAUACACUAUUUGAUAUGGGAUACAAUCAAUUUCUAAAGGUCGAAGAUCAAAUUAAUAGUAAAUUGAAUCCAGUUGAAUAACUAUAUACAAGUCGAGGAAGUUAAAGUGCUAUGAUUGGCACCAGUUAUGCAGAUUAACUCAACAUCAAAAUUGACAUUGACAGCACUUUCCUUCUCGUUGUCUAUAAUAAUACUUAUAGUCAAUAUCAUCAAAUGAGGGCAUCCUCAAUAAUCACAUCCGCACCUGCCCUUAGAUUCAGUAGUUUACCAAGUGUUUAAGAAUAAAAUGUUGUCGUCUCUUUGCCUACAUACAGGAGGUUGUGUGGAAAUUUGAUCGAUGCUGUUGAAAAUUACCCUAUGAAAAGAUUACUCGUUUCUGUAUCGAGUUCUGGCAACAUCGACACUGUUUAUGGUUAAUUCAAAAAGUACAUUGAUGGCAAAGGAAUUUCUGCUAAGAUUUGGGAUUAUAGAGAUUACGAAACAUCUAUUAAGCAAAGUCAGAAUCUAAUUCAAAUCAUAUUCAGUUUCUUAACAGGAGUUGUUAUGGUAUUGUCCUUUUUCAGUCUUAUGACAUCGAUGUCUGCCAAUAUGUUAGAAUAGGUUAAGGAAAUCUCUGUGCUUAGAGCUAUUGGCAAUACAAAGUUAUCAAUUACUAUAGUUUAUAUUAUGGAGGCCUUCACAUUAGUUUUCAGUUCUAGUUUCAUUGGAUUGAUGGUUGGAUUUGUUAUUGGACAAUCAAUGGCACUGCAAUAGACUUUAUUCACAUAAUUGCCAUUGAUUUUUGUGUUCCCAUGGUAGAUGUUGAUAAUCAUCAUUAUUAUUGCUAUGAUUGCUGCAAUUAUCAGUGUUGUUACACCCUCCUUAUAAAUCUUAUCGAAAGAAAUUGCUUAAAUUAUGAGAAUGAUCUGA